AUGAAUAAAUUCCUAGGUAUGUUCACUCUUUAAUAUCCAAUUAAUGGUUGUGACUCUAAUGUUCAAUUAUAAAAAGGUAAAAUUAAUAUACAUUUCUUAAGAUUAAUAAUUAAAGAUGUAAAGUGAUCAUUUAUAAUUUGAAGAAAUGAUAAGCUAAAAUGGUAAAUCAAGAAUCAAGCUUAGACCUACUAACAUUAUCUCUGCAUUAUAUACAGAAGACGAUUAAUAUGUAUAUAUUUAAAUAUUAAAUAAAGUUUAUAUAAGUUUAUCAUUUCUAUUAAGAAAUUUGGUCAUUUUUGAUAAAUUAUAAUUAUAUCUCUUUAAGCAUAUCUGUUAUAGAUAUAACUUAAUUCAAUUAUGUGAUAUAAUUUAAUGUUUAUUUACUUGAAAAAUCUUUUUAACAAGAAGAAAGACUAAAAAAUGAUUUUAAUAGAGAUAAUUUAAAUCAAAAAGAUUAAAAAACAGUAAAACAAAUAUAAAAAUUGAUUGAUUAAUAUGCAAAAGAAUCUUUUAUAAUUUUAUUUGAAAUUCUAAAUCUUACAUUUUCAAUCAAAGCACCUUUAAGACCUAUUUAACAAACAAAAUCCUUAGAUUAGUUUUUAGUUGAUAAAUUUAGUAAACUCGAAUAUUAUUAAAGAAAGACUCUCUUUAAAAAUCUUCUUAUUCCUUCAAUUCUUAAAAAUAAUUAGGUUAAUGUCACUAAACAAAAAUUAAUUUAAAUUGAACAAUAAGUAAAUCGAGAUGAUAUAGAAUAUUAAUCUAUAUCUAAAAUGGAAUAAGAAGAACAAGCUAAAAAUUUUUUUAGUGUUAAUGAAUAAUAAUCAUUUGAAUUUACAAAUUGUAAAUAGCCUGAAGAUUUAAACAGAUAGUUAUUUGAUUACUAAGCUUAAGCAGUUAAUUGGAUGUUAUAUCGCGAAUAAAGAUAAACUGCUUAAGUACUAAAUCUUUCAGAUUCAAACUAAACUCUAAAUAAGAUGUGGAGUUAAAUAAAACUUAAUGAAAAUGAAUACAUUUAUUUUAAUGAAUUAACUGGUCAAUUUUCAUAAAAUGCUAUACCUUAAAAAGAAGUAAAGGGUGGAAUUUUAGCAGAUGCUAUGGGUUUAGGAAAAACUAUUUGUUCACUUGCCUUAAUACUUUUAUCAAGAGAAAUGAAAUAAUAAUAAUAAUAAUCGAAUGAUGAUAAUUAAGAACCAUUCAAAAAAAAAGUAAAACUUGAAAAAAAAUAAGCAAAUACACUUUUGGUAGUUGAAUUAAAUAUUUUUGAGCAUUGGUUAUAAGAAAUUAAGAGUCAUACCAAGCUUAAUAAAUUAGAAGUUUAUGAAUUUUAUAAAAAAGAAUCAAGAUCUAAAAAUAUUAAAUUGGAAAUUUACGAUAUUGUGAUUACAACUUAUGGAGUUCUAAAAUAAGACUAUAAUAAAAAUUAGUUAUUGUAUAAUUAUGAAUGGGAAAGAAUUAUUUUAGAUGAAGCUCAUGUAAUUAAAAGUAAAAAUACUACUAGUGCAAAGGCAGCAUCUUUUAUUGAAGCUCAAUGUAGAUGGUGUUUAACAGGAACUCCUAUUUAAAAUAAUUUAGAAGAUUUGUUUAGUCUUUUUCUUUUUCUGAAAAUCGAAACUUUCUCAGAUUUUCAUUGGUUCAAUCAUUAUAUAAACAAGUAAUAGAAUUAAGUCAUUAAGUUCAAUCUAUUACAUCAAAUAAUAAAACCUAUCUUAUUAAGAAGAAAUAAAGAAACAAAAUAAAUUUAAAUUUCAUUAAAUUUACCUAACAAAUAACAUUUUAUUAUUAGUGUUAAAAUGUCAAAAAAUGAAUAAUAAUGUAUAUUUUAUUAUUUAUUAUAGUCUAUAAUACAUUAUAUUCUAAUACUUGUUAGUAAAUAAAAGAAUAUUUUGGUAUAGGAUUAAAAUAAAAGCCUAUUAAAACUAAAUAUGUGCAUGUUUUUUAACUACUUUCAUUAUUGAGAUUAAGUUGUGAUCAUAUAGGAAUUGUAGCUCGCAAACUUAUAAAUAAAUAAAUAAAAUUGUAAGAAGCAAAUAAAUCAAAAUGUGAAUAAAUGAUAAAAAGAUUUAUUGAAAAUGCUUAAUUCAGUUUAGAAUAAAGUUUAAAAGCUGCUAUUUUAUAAUUAUAAGAGAAAUAAGAGAAAGUUCGUUAAAAAAAUUAAGAAGAAGAAAUUGAAGAAGAAGGUGAUAAUUUUUCAAUUUAAGAUGAAUUUUAUGAAAAUGAUUCAACUAAUGAUGAGAAUGAAUAAGAACAAUAAAUGGAUGAAGGAUUAAUCGAAAUAGAAUUAAGAAAUCGUAUCCAAUAAUUAGAGCAAGUUAAAUAGGAUAAAGAAGAUCCAUAAUUAAAUUAGAAAAAAUAUGAAAAUUUUUUUGAAAAAGUAAAGAAUGAUGAUUGCACUAUUUGUAGAGAGGCUUUUAAGAAAAUAAAUUAAGUAUAUUAUCUAGGUUGUACACAUUUAUAUUGUAGCGAUUGUUUUGAAAAAUAUGAAGGGUUUAAGUAAAAGGUAUCUUGUCCUUAAUGUCGAAGAGAAAUAGAUAAAAAUACUAAAAUUAAAAUAGGUUAUUAAUUUUCCGUUCAAGAAAAUAUUUAAUAGCAAGAACAGUAAAAUAAAUAGUCAAAAGAAAACUUUAUAUCCCCUAAAUAAGAUUCCUACAAAGAAAGCUCAAAAAUAAAUGAAAUUCUCAAAUAUGUAGAAUAUGUUUAGAAUAGAAAUGAGAAAGUGGUUAUUUUUACCUAAUGGUUGAGUAUUUUGAACUUUAUUGAAGGUAAAUUAAGAAUAAAAGGAAUUUAAUUUAGGAAUAUAUAAGGAAAGAUGGAUAAAAACUAAAGAAAAGCAUCUAUAAAUGAUUUUUUUGAAAAAAAUAUUACUGUUAUGCUAAUAUCAUUAAAGGCAGGUGCUUAUGGUAUUAAUCUUUCUUGCGCAAAUCAUGUUUUAUUGGUAGAUCCUUGGUGGAAUCCAGCAAUAGAGUAUAAAUAUAAAUUAUUUUAGAGAUUAAGCUGUAGAGAGAGUUCAUAGAUUAGGAUAAUUAAAAAAUGUUUAAAUACUUAGUUUUGUUUGUGAAAAUACUAUAGAAGAAAGAGUAUUAUAAUUGCAUAAAAUUAAAAGAAAACUAUUUUAAGAUGCUCUCCAUUUAAAAUUACCAGAUAAAGAAUUUAAAUUUUAAGAUUAAAUUGAAUUAGUUAUGAAUUAAAAAUUAGAUUCUUGA